UAUGGCGGCUGGGACUUGCGGAGGAGGACAACUUCUUCUAGAUUCUCUCCAGAAAACCGCCGGAAGCCAACAGCUGUAAUAAAACCCCACCACGGCAAACUGGAUUAGGACUAAUAUAGAGAACGACAGCUCAACCAGCGUCCUCCAGUGAGGUUCCCUCGAAGCACAGCAGCAGUGUGAUGCACGGGGAGCCGCAGUGAAGAAGAAACUCCCCAGAUUUUUCCGCGUCUCUCUCCGCUCUGACUGUCAGUUAGCCGGCUAGCUGCUAGCUAGCUCACCUUUGCGCUUGCGUUCGCGGUGCAGGACUGUUUGUAGCCAAUGACGCCUCGGCUUGCUGGUUUUAUUUGCUACUGGAGACAGGUAUGGCAUAUCGCUUCCACUCGGUAAGCGAACUGGUUGAGAAGGGUAGGGAGAAAACGUUGGAGGACUUGAAUGAUAACUUUGGAAGUACUCAUUAGCCUAGCCUAGCAUAGCCUAGCUGGUUGAACGCCAGAAACGUUGGCCGAGAGUUAGAGAUCCGCAUUUUUGUUGUAAAAGACGACUUGCUAAUCCCCUGAAUAUUGGCGGUUGAGUGUUUUGAGGCAUAAAUCCCCAUCGGACUGCUUUAACCGACCCACGGGGGGUGUUUCUGGCUCUCCGGCUCUGCUAGGUGUCGUUAGCGGUCUCGUAGGUGCACUCUGGAGGGAGUGGUGACCCGACGUGAGGUGCCAAGAUAAGGCUUCCCCUGUAUCAGGGUAACAAGGUCACCCCGAUUAUCAUGUGCCGUUUAGACGAACAGCAGAUGACACUCGAUUAAAGUGCGUGUGGACCGGCUUGUUGUUUGCCUGCUGCGGGCAGGUAAACGCAUCACGGCUCGAAAAAAGGCGCAAUAGUUCUGCAAAUGUAGGGAAUAAACAGGUGGGUUUAUUUAUUUGGAGGAGCUUCUGUUGUUUUGUGCGACGAAAGACAAACUUUGAGUGGUUUUACUUUCCAGCUCCACUGCUUGAAUAGUUUGAUGGACGUGAGGGGCUGUUUGCCAGGCUGUCAGUGCUAUAAUCAGUCAUGUAUGUCUUGACACAUGGCACCUUGGUCUGUACAUAGUGUUUGCUGUCAGAUUUAAGCGUCGUUAUGUAGCUUUAGUGGGGAGCCAUUGAAAAAGGAAUGUCUUGUUUUUUUAUACAUGUUUGGUUUGUUUUUUAUUUUCCUUUUCCUCAAACGCAGGGCAGUCUAGUUGAGUCAAAGUGCAGUCCCGAGAGCGUACAGGGGACAAUGCUUAUCAGUUAGUGCCUAGAAGAUUACAGAACCUGGAGAUCUGCCUGCAUACAGGUCCGCAGAUAUUGUAGAUUAUUCUUUUUUAGGGGGGAUGCACCAAAACCCUGCCAAUCUGGAUCAGGAAAACCUCUCCAUUGUGUCUGGUUGGAGUAACACACUCAAGCCAAAAUCAAUGCCUUCAGCACUGGCCGUGUUCACCUGCCGACCCAACUCGCACCCAUUCCAGGAGCGGCAUGUGUACCUGGACGAGCCAGUCAAGAUCGGAAGGUCUGUGGCUCGCUGCCGACCGGCCCAGAACAACGCCACCUUCGACUGCAAGGUGCUGUCCAGGAAUCAUGCUCUUGUGUGGUUCGACCACAAGACCGGGAAGUUCUACCUUCAGGACACUAAAAGCAGCAACGGGACGUUCAUCAACAGCCAGAGACUGAGCCGUGGGUCCGAGGAGAGUCCGCCCUGCGAGGUUCUGUCCGGCGACAUCAUUCAGUUUGGGGUCGAUGUCACCGAGAACACACGCAAAGUCACCCAUGGCUGCAUCGUGUCAACAAUCAAACUGUUUCUGCCUGAUGGGAUGGAGGCCCGCAGACGAAGCGAUGUCAUCCAGACUCCAUUACCACUACCUAUAGACAAGGUGGCAGCCAACACUCCCAGUAUGUACUCUCAGGAACUGUUCCAGCUCUCCCAGUAUCUACAGGAGGCCUUACACAGAGAGCAGAUGUUGGAGCAGAAGCUGGCCACUCUGCAGCGGCUCCUGUCCACCACCCAGGAGGCCUCAGAGAGCAGCUGGCAGGCUCUGAUAGAUGAGGACCGGCUGCUGUCCAGGCUGGAAGUGAUGGGCAGUCAGCUACAGGCCUACUCCAAGUCGCAGACAGAGGAAGGGAUCCGUAAGGAGCUCCUGGCUCUUCAGGAGGACAAACACAACUACGAGACCACAGCGAAGGAGUCGCUGAGGAGAGUCCUGCAGGAGAAGAUCGAGGUGGUCAGGAAGCUCUCUGAGGUCGAGCGGUCGCUGAGCAACACGGAGGACGAGUGCACCCACCUGAAGGAGAUGUCUGAGAGGGGCCAGGAGGAGCUGCAGGAGCUGGCCAACAAGUACAACGCUGCCGUCAACGAGAUCAAGGAGCUCACCGACAAGAUCAAGGCGGCGGAGGGCAGGCAGGAGGAGCUGACGCUGCAGGGAGCGACGGAGAAGCGGGAGCUGGAGAUGCGGAUCGAAGAGAUGGAGGAGAAGGAGCAAGUUCUCCAGGCCCGCAUCGAGGCUCUGCAGGCCGACAACGACUUCACCAACGAGAGGCUGACCGCCCUGCAGGUGCGGUUAGAACAGCUGCAGGAGAAAAGCAACAGUGUUGAUGUCUGCCCCGGAUCGGUAGAGGAGCCUGUGGAAGUCAAGCAGAGCCUGCAGACCUCUGCGAACUGGGACGAAGACGAGGCGGAAACAGACACCGAUGAUGGUGCAGUUGGUGAAGAUGGAGAGAACAAUGACAACUGUCAUGUCAACAGUGGAGAAGACUCGACUAGAAUCCCACAGUUGAUUGAGUGUCCGCCCGUCAAGCAGCUGAAGGAGAACGUCUGCUCUUCGAUUCACAAACUGGCCAACUUUGAUGAAGUGAUGGACGCCCACCUGCAGAACAACCAGGCGCCAGACGACGACCUGCUGGCCAGCCCCGACCGCCUCAAAGGAAACCAGAUGGACGCCAAAGAGUCCGACAUGUCCGACACGCUCAGUCCCAGCAAAGACCGGAGCAGCGACGACACGUCAGACGGCAACAUGAACGACCAGGAGCUGAACGAACCCCAGAACAGAGUCGCUCUCCUCAAAGCGGAGUUGAAUCGAGCCGGUCUGGACGCUGGAGACACGGAGAACGUCAUCAGCUACCUGCACAGGGAACUUCUGGAAGCCCAGGACCUGGCCAACACCGGGAAGCAGAAAUGUCUGGAACUACAAGCUCUGCUGGAGGAGGAGAGGAGGAGUAACUCCAAGCUGACUGAGGAGUCGACCAAACAGAUCCAGUACCUGCAGACUCAGCUCGGGAAGCUGCAGGCCGACAUGGAGGCCCUGAGGGAGCAGAGGGAGAGCACCAUCUGCAGCACCAGGGAGGAUCUGUACUGCGCCCAGGAGGAGAUUAUCGUCCUGCGACACGCCAUGGAGACGGCCACAGCCGAUCGUGAGCGCGAGAUCGCCGCCCUGCAGGCGGAUCUGGGCGGCGUGCGCACGGAGCUGGAGCACUGGAGGAGCACGGCGGCCAAGUACGAGGAGGAGAUCAGCCGGCUGCAGGAGGCCUUUGCUCAGCAGCAGCAGCAGCAGAACACGGCCAGCCAGCUGCAAGAGGAGUGUGCAGCUUUGCAGCACCGCUGUGCGUCUCUGCAGCAGGACUGUGACGGUCUGAGAGCUGAGCGGAGAGACCUGACGGACAGACUGCAGCACCUGGAGGCGGAGCUCAGCAGCACCAGGGAGCAGAGUCUGGUCCUCAGCAGCAGUCUGGAGUCUCUGGAGAAGCGGAAAGAGGUUCUGCAGGACAAACUGGGUUCUCUGGAGAACCAGCACCUGGAGGACGCCAGCAGGCUGAAGACGCAGCUGGACCAGGCCCAGGCCCGAACACACACCCUGCAGAAAGAGUAUGAAGACACUCAGUCUCAGCUGUUUGACCUGCGGCGGCGCUACGAGAAGACGGAGCAGGAGAAGCUGAACAUCCACCAGGAGCUGGAGCAGUGCCGCAGCAGCCUGAAGCUGCUGCAGGACAAGACCAGCUCUCCAUCCAUAUUGCAGCCUGUCCAAGCCAUAUUCAUGGGCCUUGUCCUGGCUCUGCUGUACUGGUGUUUCGGCCAGUUGUGGUAGAAAGAGCGGCUGGAGCCCCUGGAUGCCGGUCAUCGCAGUGAUGGUCGCCGUGACGGCAGCCGUCCUUUACCCCAACCUGUCCAAGAGCAGCGCCGCCUGAGACGCCGCCGCCACCGCCGCGCCGCUUUGUGUAAAAAAAGCAAAAACUAAACACAAAAAAGAAAAAAGAGAAAGAUUGUACAUAAUUGUAGAGGGAACGUGGAGGUCGUGUUUCCUGCAGAGGACUCGGAUACUUCCUGGUUUAUUUUUUUGGAGUUCUGUCAUUUUUAUUCUCUGACUUCUUGGUCGGGUCUCUCUGGGUGACGAAGCGCCGAAGGUGAAACGUUCCAGUUUUUUUUUUCUCUCUCUACUGAAACAUUUACAGAUAUUUAUAUCAAAAGUCUGCAUCAUUUACUCCAAAAAAAAAGAAGAGAUUUCCUGUUUUUCUUGUUUUUUGGAGCAGAUGAUUCCGCGUUUGGUUAUUUCCUUCAGCAGUUGACACUACCAGCCUGGAAAACAAUCCGCUGGACAGCGUUCACACCGAGGCGCCACGUUUUUGUUCUUCUUCGGGGAAAUUUGGGGUUAAAACUUGAAGCCAAAUUGUUGAAAUUCAGAUUAAUAUUUUUUACUUUUGUGUUUUGGUUUUUAGUUUGUUUUUAGGGGGGCGCAGGAAUCGGGGGGGUGGGUUUAAGUGCCUCUGAUGUUACUAACAAACACUGCAUGUGUGCAGAGAAAAACACACAUUUUGACCACCAGAGGCCCGUCGGUGCUGAGAGUCGGGCUGUGAUGUCAUCAUUUCGGCAAAUAAAGCAGAAAAUCUUCAUGAUGUUCAUAAUUCAUCAGAGAACGGGAAAGUUUUGGUCUCAUUUGAGCAAAAGUUGAAAAAAUGCUUCCUGCUAUGAUUUUUCUAGAGAAAAUUUAACUUUCAAGUCCGGAUUAGAGAAAUAAACGUAUUUAUGACAGUUUGAGACCAAACCUUAACAUCGGGUUUCGUUUUUUUUCCCCAACGCAUCCAAACGCGUCACAAGCAGCAAACAUGGCCGCCGACUCGUUAGCGCCCGGGCCUCUGAACGUUUGUUUUUUUUAUUCAACAGUAACGAGCUCUGUGGGUGGUUGUCGGUUCACACGUUGGGCAACGUUCGUCAUCGUCCGUGUUAAUCUGUCUCGUCUCCGUGUCGAUUCAAAUAAUAAUAAUAAUAAUAAAUAAUAAUAAAAGACAGCGAACAAAUAUUCCUGAUGUUUGAAGAAAAAACACUAAAGUUACAGAGAGAAUUGUAAAAUAAAAGGUUUGAUGAAUGACGUGCGACUAGACUUAUUUUGUUGAGAUUGUUUAGAGUUAUGAGAGGUGAGAGCUGUUGUAGAGAAAUGUUAUUGAAUAUAUGCAGAGAAAUGUUUUUGGAUUAAAGUUGUAGCAAAGCUGACCCACCAAA